GAUUUGCCUUAGAGCAGUUCCGCAUGAAUGGUUUGUUAGGCGGAGCUUUAGGCGGAGCUCCGGAUGAAGCGAGAGCAUCCCUCAGUGACGACAUAAUCUGUCUCGCACCGGCUGUCCUCCGCGCGUGGGCACGCUGAGAGAGGGCGGGGGAGACAGAGAGAGAAUUCCGUAUAAAAGCCGAACGACCGGUACUCUCUCCGGCUCAGAGUCUCAGUGUCUCAUUGUCUUAGUGUCAGACUGCAGUGUUCCUCCUUCAUUCACUUCUCUGUUUUCUCACAGCUGAAGUUUCUUCUCUCACACCGUCCUUUGUUUUGUACUGGAAAUUAAAUUCCUGUCCAUGGUUGUGACCGGAACCUCCAAAAUGUCCCGAGCCGACGAGGUGCACCGCAUAACGGAGAAUGUCUACAAGUCAAUCAUGGAGCAGUUUAACCCCUGCUUGAGGAACUUUGUAGCCAUGGGGAAGACGUAUGAGAAGGCUCUUUCUAGUGUGACAUUUGCAGCAAAAGGCUACUUCGACGCCCUGGUCCGGAUGGGUGAACUGGCCAGCGAGAGUCACGGCUCUAAGGACCUUGAAGAAGCUGCGUGGGAUGUACUCUUUCAGAUGGCCGAAGUCCACAGACAGAUCCAGAUGCAAUUGGAAGACAUGUUGAAAUCCUUCCACAACGAGCUCCUCACAGAACUGGAGAAGAAGGUUGAGCUGGAUGCACGCUACCUUAAUGCCGCAUUGAAGAAAUACCAGAUGGAGCACCGAAGCAAAGGAGAAAGUUUGGAGAAGUGCCAGGCAGAGUUAAAAAAACUGCGGCGGAAAAGCCAACAGGGCAGCAAGACCGCUUCCAAGUACAGAGAUAAUGAGAUGCAGUAUGUGGAGGCCAUCAGUAGCAAGCAGAGCGAGCUGGACCACCACAUCGCCGAGGGCUACAAAAACGCCCUGACAGAGGAGAGGAGGAGGUUCUGCUUCCUGGUGGACCGCCAGUGCGCUGUAGCCAAGAGCAGCAACACCUACCACACCAAGGGAAAAGACCUGCUGAUGCAGAAGAUCCCGACGUGGCAGCAAGCAUGUUCUGACCCUCAUAAACUCCCAGACCGAGCUGUCCUUCUUACACAGCAGAUGAGUUCAGGGGGAGCACUGAGAACCGGACAACAGCAUGCCCCUAAAUCUAAUCUGGUGAUCUCAGAUCCCAUACCAGGAGCCAAACCUUUACCUGUUUCACCUGAACUGGCUGCUCUCAUGGGCAACCAACAGAGAAUGAUGGGAAUGGAAAGUGUUCCAAUGUUGAAUGGAGCACCUGGGGCACAUGGAGGAGAGGACUACCAGCACUGGAUAGAUAGCCAAGCUGCACAGGGCAAACCAGCCUCAACACAGGUCCACCGGCAAAGCAAUGAGAUCUACUCCAACACACUGCCUGUCCGCAAAGUGGCACCCACCAAGAGCAAGAGCACUCUGGCAGAGACACAGACACUGCCUAGGUCGAGCUCAGUUGCAGCUGGUCUGGAGAGGAAUGGACGGACCCGUGUCCAGGCAAUCUUUUCACACUCAGCUGGAGAAAACAACACACUGCUCAGCUUCACUGAAGGCGACAUUAUCACACUGCUGGUGCCCGAGGCUCGGGAUGGGUGGCACUACGGAGAGAGUGAGAAGACGAGGAUGCGAGGAUGGUUCCCCUUCUCCUACACCCGAGUGAUUCCCGAGACAGACGGCAGCCGACUCGGCGUCAGUUUUCAGCAUGGUAGAAGUUCCAGCACAGGAAAUCUUCUAGAGAGGGAAUCGGUGGUCCUUCCGUCUCCCGAUUACAGCUCAAAUUCUCGGCUAAUGGCACAGAACGCCUUACUGGGCAGACAUCAGAGAACAUUUAGCAUGGCAACGCCAGGAUUCUCACAGCAAGGGCUUGACAGCUACGAGGCCCGUUUUCCAACAAGCUUCUGUCUGCUUGACCUGCAGCUGGAGUGGCCAUCUAUAAUAGAAAGUUGAGGAGCGGUUGGCUAAAACCUGAUCAGUUCCGAGGUCAAAUUGAUUUCGACAGUGUGAAAGGACAGACACACAGACACCAUCCGUCCUUCUCCCCUCACUCCCUCACUCGGUCGUUUCCCUCACUCGUCCAUCCACCUUUUCACCCACCAAAGAAGAGGAGAAACACCCACCUCCCCUUUCCCUUUUAUCACACCACUCGUUAGCUUCUGUAAAUCUCCAUGGAACAGAAAUGCAGAAUACUCUGGCUUGAUCGUUCUCACAACCCUUCAGUUUUGAGGACUUCGGGUCUAUUUUUAAUGCGCUAACUGAAAUGGACUCAAAACAUUGUAUAUGUAACUCUUGCUUUUCUUUCAUGCAUUUUGAAAGUGCACAUUCUUUGGGUUACAGAAAUGGGUCCAAAAUCUAAAAAUGGAGUACAGAUGAGGCUGCACUCACGAGUGGCUGCCAAAUGCUUUAACUUUUUACAUUUUAGGUGAAUAAAAGAGCUCUUUUACUUUCUCAAACAAAUGAGCUUUUCUACGCUAAGUCUUUACAAUUGAUGUAAUCUUCACAGUCAGCCAAAGUCUGUUCUUUUUCUUUUAUUGCACUUAACAUUUAGGAUGUUCUGUAGCAGACAGCUCAUUCUUCAUCUGUGCUCCCAUCAGUUUACUAAAUCCCUGAAGAAACUGCUAGCACAUUGUGUCUUUGUGUCUAUAUCUGUAUUCAUAUGGCUGUUUUUGAAACAAUGUGUAGAAUGUCCAAGGGUCUGAGUCUGACAGCUUCUAAAUUAUAUCAGUCCCAAAAUCCCAUUACAGACAGAUCACAGGAAUAAAAGUAAAGAUCGAUCUCUGUAACUGUCUCACUUCAUACAAACUGCACUCCUGAAUGAAAACAUGGAUUUUCCUAUUAAAUAAGCUAACAUUGAAUUUCCGAAUCAGAAUUAAUAAGCUAUGCUUCUUGUACAUAUUUAAAUUAUAUUUGUAGAUGCAAUAAAAAGACACAGUGGCACAUUGAUAGUGUAGCUUCUUCACAGCUCCAAUGUCCCUGGUUUGAUUCUGAGCUCGGUUUACUGCCUUCUAUGUCUGUGCGAGUUCUCUGGUUCCCUCAAAUGUCCUAAAAACAUGCUAGCAGAUGGAUUGGCAACUAUAAAUUGCACAGACUUUGUUUGUAUGUCAACCUGAUGUGGACAAGUGUAGGACAGGUUCUGGAUCCAUCAUAGUUACACAAAAGUGGUUCCUGAAGAUGUACACAAGGUUCUCACUGGUGCUCAUUAACUGUUAUAUUUUUACUUAAAUUAAUACCAACAUGUACUUGUCCUUUUGUGCUGAAAUUAAUCUGUACUGAAUACAAAUACUGGAAGUUGCUGAGAUAAUUCAAAGCAAGUCCAAUGAUGAGUAGAACGUGAUGUUCUGUUUAUUUGAUGCUGUAAAAUGAACUCAGUCAUAUUUAGACUUCUCAUUGGUGUUCUAGCUUGCUCUUAGCUCACAUGAGGUUGUGUUGAUAAUUCAAAGCAUCCUUCUUCCCCAACUUUCCCUUUCAGAGAAACUGAUGAAAAAUUAUGUUACGCCUGUUUUGUUAUCUGUUGCACCGAGUAGCCAAGUAAUGAGCUAUGCAUCUUAAAUCACUGUUCUGAUCAUUAGCACUGUGGGCAUCUUUAAAGUCCUGCCCUCGCCCUCAGCGAGAACAUUCACUUGCAGCUGUUUGCCAGAUCCCCUCUCACACUGACUUGCAUUUGCUGUUUAAAAACACAAUUUAAUGCUUGAACCAUCUCAUGAUUAUACAGUCUGAUGUAAAGUGUUGCACAUGAGAAAACUCUCUGUAUCGGGAAAAACUCUCCACAAGAUAUAUUUUUUUUAGUGGCUGCAUAUCUCUCUCUCUCUCUCUCUCUCUCUCUCUCUCUCUCUCUCUCUCUCCCUGUUGUCCUUUCACCUAUCCAUUUGUCUUUCGGUGUGUGUGACAAAUCUAAGCUCCUGCUUUCCUUUUUUGCCAAUCCUGUCCAUCUCUGUUUUGAUAAAUUUAGACACAAAAGCAGUAAGGGGUCAACGACUGGAAGCUGCCAGUGCUUCUUCUUUCUGCAUUAGAAUAAAGCCGAGGCAUGACUGCCACGUUCUCCUCAGUCCUGGUGCCCAAAUGGAAACACUUGAUCUACUCAUUCUGUCUUUGUGCUUUGGAAUGCUAACACUUGGAUGUAAAGAGCUAAAAAAAAAAGUAUAUAUAUAAAUAUAUCAUAUAAAUAAACCCUCAAUAUUAAACAGAGGGAAUAUACUGUGUAUAUAAAUGCAUGCAUUUUGGGGGAACAACAAUUCCAGUGUAAUGUUGCAGCAUAACCUCAAAUGUAUGGUGACUUUCUACUUCACAAACCUGAAUAAAACUGUAUUGAGACGAGA